AUGUUUCGUUCAUUACUAGCGAUCACUGGCAGACGCCCAAAAUACAUAUUUCCUGAAGUUGAUGCAAAAGUUGACGGAGACGACUGCCGCGCCGACUGCAAUGACUGCAGCUUGAAAUAUCCUAAAAGCGUGAAGAUUGACGCUACUCUUCCAAUGUACGGAUUCAUCAAAGAGUUUCACGCACACGUACUUGUUGCAACGGGGAAAACAGACUGGAUCCAGAAGGUCGAGCAAGAGGAUGGGAGUCUGGUGAAGGCAUUCAAAUCGGACGCAAGGUCCAAGCAUGGUCGUCUCAUGAUCUCUGCGUCUAAUCUCACUCCACCAGAUGGAGAGAUGCCUGACACCUCCAAGACAACAGUCCUCAUAUUACCAUCGUUCAUCUUCGUAGAUGGCGUUUCUUACUCGGAUGUCCAGCACGUGGUCGAGACAUUCAUUGACAUUCCACCGGGUGACACAGCCAAACCCAUUAGCAGUCCGCAAUUAAGUUCCCGACCAUGCCCACACGACUACGUAGUCCUGCUGUGCUCGCAUAAGCGGCGAGAUGCGCGUUGUGGAAUUACAGCACCGUUGAUCAAAAAGGAGAUGGAGCGACAUCUACGCGGACAUGAUCUUUACCGAGAUAUGGAUGACGAGCGACCUGGAGGAGUGGGGAUUUACUUCGUCUCCCAUGUUGGGGGACAUAAGUUCUCUGCAAAUGUGCUGAUUUAUCGGAAGAAAGAGCAGCAAAUGAUCUGGUUGGCUAGGGUCAAGCCGGAGCAUUGUGAAGGAAUUGUGAAUUACACAAUCCUGGAAGGGAAGGUUGUUCAUCCAGAUUCACAGCUUCGAGGGGGAUUUGACAGAGUGAAAGGAUUGACAAGCUGGUGA